AUGUCUCAGCAACAACAAAAAGAAAUAAUAAUGACAGAUUUACCAUCAUCAAGUAGUAGUUCAUUACUUGAUGAUGAUGAAGAAGGUGAUAUUUCAAAUACGACAGCACAUUACUAUGGACAAUUUAAACCAAUGUUGGAUAUACCUACAAUGUGGAGUAAAGAGAAUAAGAAUAGUUGUCUUGAAGUAUCAAAUAGACAUUUACGCGUCACCUAUAAACAAACUAAAGAGGUAUCAGACGCUGCUCUCAUCAAGGCCAAUCAUCAUAUACCACCAGCAUGUGGUAUCUAUUACUUUGAGAUUACUGUCAUUAGUAAAGGAAGAGAUGGUUAUAUAGGUAUAGGUUUAUGUACAAAUUCAAUGGCUCAUUCAAAAUUACCUGGUUGGGAAAGAAAUAGUUAUGGAUAUCAUGGUGAUGAUGGAAAUUUAUUUAAAUGUUCAGGAACUGGUAAACAUUAUGGUCCUACCUAUACAACUGGUGAUACGGUUGGAUGUUGUAUAAAUUUUGUAAAUAAUACUCUAUUCUUCACAAAGAAUGGUGUACCAUUGGGUGAAGCAGCCAAUGAUAUAAAGGGAUUGACAUUGUAUCCAUGCGUCGGAUUACGUACGCCACAGGAAUCGGUGGAAGCCAACUUUGGAGAAAAAAAGUUCCAAUUUGAAAUUAGUCAAUACUUUAAAGAAGAAAAACAGAAAUCUUUCAAAUCGAUUCAAUCCAUACCAACCACCAACGAAGAAUUAAUAUCUACUCAACUUGUACUUGGUUAUCUCAUUCAUCAUGGUUAUCCUGAAACUGUUAAAUUAUUUGCAAGUGCAACUGGAAUUGUUGAUGAUACUUUAAAUUCUCAAUUAGAUUAUAUUAAAAAUAGACAAACAAUAUUGGAUUUAUUAUUAAAUGGUGAAAUUGAAAAAGUGAUAAUUGAAUUGAAUCGAUUGUAUCCAGAUUUUUUACAAAAGAGAAAAGAUAUAUUGUUCAAGUUACAGUGUCAGAAAUUUAUAGAAAUGAUUAAACAUUCACCGAUUGAAGAUACUAUGGCAUUUGGUACAAAAGAGUUGUAUAGUUUUCUACCAGAGUAUGAAAAUAGUUUACAUGAAAUUUUUUCAUUGAUUGCCUAUCAGGAUCCUUUCAAAAGCCCGGUUGCUCAUCUCUUGGACAAAGAGAGAAGAGAACCCAUUGCCAAGGACCUCAAUUGCGCCCUCUUGGUGUAUAGCAACAAACCUUCCACACCCAUCCUAGAAAGAGUCGUUCGUCAAACUAAAGUUGUUAUGGACGAAUCUGUCAAAAAGAAUGCUUGUCCUUCAUCAAUCUUUAUGAAUGUAAAUGAAUUUCUUCAAGAAUAA